AUGGCCUGUGUGGAAAAGAACUCCACAACCUCCGGCGGCCCCGGAAACCCCGGCAUCUCCGGUAGUGAGUCCCGCUACCGCGCAUCCGCGUCGCAUGCCCAUCCUGACCCCGGGGCCGAAGAAGCCCUGGCCUCUUUCUCCGGUGAGAAGGAUGGAGAUGAGAACCGUGAUCCGGAGCAAGGACACGGCCACGAACCCGGAAGAUCACGACGGCGACGAUGGUUUGGUGGUAGGAGGAGUAGCCGAUCACCAUCAUGCCCGCGCGAGCCAUGGUGGCGGAUUCACUUUUUUCAAGGAAUGAUUAACGAUGUACGGAAGCGCGCCCCGUACUAUCUGAGCGACUGGACCGAUGCAUGGAACUAUCGCGUUGUGCCGGCCACGGUGUACAUGUUCUUUGCGAAUAUCCUUCCUGCCCUUGCCUUUUCUCUGGACAUGUUCAACAAGACGGACAUGAAUUAUGGUGUCAACGAGGUGCUGCUCGCGUCGGUUUUGGGUGCUGUAGUGUUUUCGUUCUUUGCCUGUCAGCCCCUGGUGAUCGUUGGUGUCACCGGCCCCAUCACCGUCUUCAACUAUACUGUGUAUGACAUUAUGGCCCCAAGAGGCACAAACUACCUGGCCUUCAUGUGCUGGAUUGGCCUGUGGUCACUUGUCUUCCACUGGAUCCUGGCCAUUACCAACUCGUGCAACUGGCUUCGCUACGUGACGCGUUUCCCAUGCGAUAUCUUCGGCUUCUAUGUGGCCUUCAUCUAUCUGCAGAAGGGUAUUCAGAUUCUCACGCCCCUUGGCAAUGAAGAGCCCUUCUAUCUCUCUGUCGCUCUCGCUCUGCUUGUUUUUGCUAUCGCCUAUGCCUGUGGUGAGAUUGGCAAGAGCACCCUCUUUCAUCACCACAUCCGCGUUUUCAUCAAAGACUAUGGCACUCCCUUAACCCUGGUAUUCUUCACCGCCUUCGUGCACAUUGGCCGGAUGAGGCAGGUCAAGGUUGAAACUCUCCCGACUGGCAUUUCUUUUGAACCGACUGUCACGGAAAGAGGCUGGUUCAUCCAUUUCUGGGACAUUCCUGUCGGUGACAUCUUCCUCGCCAUCCCAUUUGCCCUUUUGCUGACUAUCUUGUUUUGGUUCGAUCACAAUGUGUCUUCUCUCAUUGCCCAGGGCACCGAAUUUCCCCUUAAGAAGCCUGCUGGCUUCCACUGGGAUCUCUUCCUCCUCGGUGCAACAACUGGCGUUGCUGGCCUGCUCGGUCUGCCCUUCCCCAACGGCCUGAUCCCGCAAGCCCCCUUCCACACCAACUCCCUCUGUGUGACCGAACACAUUAAAGUCAAAUCAUCUUCCUCUACAGAUAAGGAAGAUCUCUCUCCCACCGAUGAUGACGACGGAGAUGCCAAGUAUGAGCUUCGCGCUUCCUAUGUAGUCGAGCAGCGUGUGUCCAACCUGGCACAGGGCCUUCUCACCCUCGGAACCAUGUCCGGCCCGCUCCUCAAAGUCCUGCAUCUUGUUCCCCAGGGCGUCCUGGCCGGGCUCUUCUUCAUCAUGGGCUUCCAAGCCCUGGAAGGCAACGGGAUCACAGCCAAGCUCCUCUUCCUGGCGCGCGACCGGCGUUUGACACCCCGCUCGCACCCCUUGCUGCGCUGCCCGCGGGCGAAGCUGUGGCUUUUUGUCAUCGUUGAGCUGAUUGGCUUCGGCGCCACGUUUGCCAUCACCCAGACCGUGGCGGCCGUCGGAUUCCCUGUGUUCAUCUUUGCCCUGAUUCCCGUCCGCGCGCUGCUGCUGCCCAAGUGGCUCACUCCCCAGGAGCUGGCCUUGCUUGAUGAGCCGACUGCAAGCCCGUUCACAAUGGAGAGCGUCGGCGGCACGUGGGGUGCCGCUGGGUCGGUAAAGGACGCAAUUGCCGGGGUUGCUGAUGCCGGUUCAGGUGUUAUCCUGGAAGCCCAGCGCGGGACUGAGUCGUCCUCUGGAGAGGAUGGGGCUGAAGAGCUCGGGGAGCUUGCUAGGCGGGUGUCAUCACGGCGCUCGCAAAACCGUAAGGAGAAAGAGGAACGCGCUGUGGCUGAUGUUGAACUGGCCGAGCGGGGGGAGAGUCGAAGUGGGAGCGUGAGGAGGCGGUUGAGCGUUGCCAACCGCACGGCUGGGGAUCCCGCAUAG